AUGUUGUCGACCGUGUACAAGGCGGGUCGUGCCCCUGCCCUCCUCCGACAUGGUCGACGGGUCGCCGUCGCACCACAAACCGCCCAAUUGAGGCCCCUCACCUCGGGCGUCCAGAGCCUCCCCGUCCGUCAACCAACCGAGUCGCCAAUUGCUCGUCUCCAGAAGCGCUUCCUCUCAGUGUCUGCCGCCAGACCUGGUAACGCUGCCCAGUCCGCCCCUAACCCCUAUGCCUACCUCGACAGUGGCGUAAUAAAGCCAAAGGAGUUUGUCGAUGUGAAGAAGGUGCUUGUUAUCGGAUCCGGUGGUCUUGCCAUUGGCCAGGCCGGCGAGUUUGACUACUCCGGAUCCCAGGCGCUCAAGGCCUUAAAGGAAGCCGGCGUUUCUUCCGUUCUUAUGAACCCCAAUAUCGCUACCAUUCAAACCAACCACUCGCUCGCCGACGAGGUGUACUACCUGCCCAUCACCCCCGAGUAUGUCGAGUAUGUGAUCCAGAAGGAAAGGCCAGAUGGUAUCUUCCUCUCUUUCGGUGGUCAGACCGCCCUGAACCUUGGUGUCCAGAUGGAGAAGUUGGGCAUGUUCGAGAAGUACGGCGUCAGAGUGUUGGGCACCAGCGUCAGGACGUUGGAGCUCUCUGAGGACAGAGAUCUGUUCGCCAAGGCUCUGGAGGAGAUCAACAUCCCCAUUGCCAAGUCUAUUGCCGUCAACACCCUGGACGAUGCUCUAGAGGCUGCCCGCAACAUUGGGUACCCAAUUAUUGUCCGCGCUGCUUAUGCGCUUGGUGGUCUUGGUUCUGGUUUCGCCAACAACGAGGAGGAGCUGCGCAACAUGGCUGCCCGGUCUCUGACUCUCUCCCCCCAAAUCUUGGUUGAGAAGUCUCUCAAGGGCUGGAAGGAAGUUGAAUAUGAGGUCGUGCGUGAUGCGAACAACAACUGCAUCACUGUGUGCAACAUGGAGAACUUUGACCCCUUGGGUAUCCACACUGGUGACUCGAUUGUCGUUGCGCCCAGUCAGACCCUGAGCGAUGAGGAGUACCACAUGCUUCGUUCCGCUGCCAUCAAGAUUGUCCGUCACUUGGGCGUCGUUGGUGAGUGCAACGUCCAGUAUGCGCUCCAGCCUGAUGGGUUGGACUACAGAGUCAUCGAGGUCAAUGCUCGUCUCUCUCGUUCGUCCGCCCUGGCUUCCAAGGCCACCGGUUACCCAUUGGCGUACACUGCUGCCAAGAUUGGUCUUGGACACACUCUUCCUGAGCUUCCCAAUGCCGUCACCAAGACCACUACUGCCAAUUUCGAGCCCUCGCUCGAUUACAUUGUCACCAAGAUUCCCCGCUGGGAUUUGUCCAAGUUCCAGCACGUCAAGCGUGACAUUGGUAGCGCCAUGAAGUCUGUUGGUGAGGUUAUGGCCAUUGGUCGUACCUUUGAGGAGUCUUUCCAGAAGGCCAUCAGACAGGUUGACCCCAACUUUGUCGGCUUCCAGGGUGCCAAGUUUGAGGAUCUCGAAUUUGAGCUCCAGAACCCAACUGACCGCCGCUGGUUGGCUGUCGGCCAGGCCAUGCUCCACGAGAACUACACUGUUGACCGUGUCCACGAGCUGACCAAGAUCGACAAGUGGUUUUUGCACAAGCUCCAGAACAUUGUUGACUGCACCAAGGAGCUCCAGCAGAUUGGCAGCCUCCAAGGCCUCAAGAAGGAGAACGUGCUCAAGGCCAAGAAGAUGGGUUUCUCUGACAAGCAGAUUGCCCAUGCUGUCAACAGCACUGAGGACGAGGUUCGCGCCCGCAGAUUGGAGUUUGGCAUCCGCCCCUGGGUCAAGAAGAUCGAUACCCUCGCUGCCGAGUUCCCUGCCGAUACCAACUACCUGUACACCACCUACAACGCCUCGACCCACGAUAUCAACUUCGAGGACAAGGGUACCGUCAUUCUCGGCAGCGGUGUCUACCGCAUUGGUAGCUCCGUCGAGUUCGAUUGGUGCGCUGUCAGCGCCACUCGUGCCCUGAAGGCCAUGGAUGAGAAGACGGUCAUGAUUAACUAUAAUCCCGAGACCACGUCGACCGAUUUUGACGAAGCCGACCGCCUUUAUUUCGAAGAGUUGAGCUAUGAGCGUGUGAUGGAUAUCUACGAGCUCGAGAACGCCAGCGGUGUGGUGGUGUCUGUCGGUGGCCAGCUUCCCCAGAACAUUGCCCUUCGUCUCCAGGAGACUGGCAAGGCCAACGUUCUCGGAACCGACCCCCGUGACAUCGACAAGGCUGAGGACAGACAGAAGUUCUCCGAGAUCCUCGACUCCAUCGGAGUUGACCAGCCCGCCUGGAAGGAGUUGACCUCCGUCGAGGCUGCCGAGAAGUUUGCCCAGGAGGUCGGCUACCCUGUCCUUGUUCGUCCCAGUUACGUCCUUUCUGGUGCUGCUAUGACUGUCAUUCGCAGCCAGGAGGACCUCAAGGACAAGCUUGAGGCUGCUUCCAACGUCUCCCCUGACCACCCCGUCGUCAUCAGCAAGUUCAUCGAGGGUGCUCAGGAGAUUGAUGUUGAUGGUGUUGCCUCCAAGGGUGAGCUGAUCAUCCACGCCGUCAGUGAGCACGUCGAGCAGGCUGGUGUCCACUCUGGUGAUGCCACCCUCGUCCUCCCUCCUGCCAACUUGGACCAGGACACCAUGGACCGUGUCAAGGAGAUUGCGCAGAAGGUCGCCAAGGCCUGGAACAUCACCGGUCCCUUCAACAUGCAGAUCAUUCGCGCUGAGGAUCCCGAGGGAGGUGUGCCCGCCCUCAAGGUCAUCGAGUGCAACCUCCGUGCCUCUCGUUCUUUCCCCUUCGUCAGCAAGGUCCUCGGCACCAACUUCAUUGACGUUGCCACCAAGGCCCUUGUCGGCAAGGACGUUCCCCAGCCCACCGACCUCAUGGCUGUCAAGCGUGACUACUUGGCCACCAAGGUUCCCCAGUUCUCCUGGACCCGUCUCGCUGGCGCCGACCCCUUCCUUGGCGUCGAGAUGGCUUCCACCGGUGAGAUGGCUUGCUUCGGCAAGAACCUCGUUGAGGCCUACUGGGCUUCUCUCCAGUCCGCCAUGAACUUCCGCGUCCCUGAGCCUGGUGAGGGUAUCCUCUUUGGUGGUGAGCUGAGCAAGAACUGGCUUGCCACCGUUGUGGACUACCUUGCUCCUCUUGGCUACAAGCUUUAUGCUGCCGAUGCCGAGGUCAAGGAGUACCUCGAGACCAAGUCCAAGCCCAAGAUCAACGUUGAGGUCAUCGAGUUCCCCAAGGAGGACAAGCGCGCCCUCCGUGAGGUGUUCAAGAAGUACGACAUUCGCGGUGUCUUCAACCUUGCCCAGGCCCGUGGCAAGACUGUCAUGGAUGUCGACUACGUCAUGCGCCGCAACGCCGUCGACUUUGGCGUGCCAUUGUUCAUGGAGCCUCAGACCGCUAUGCUCUUCGCCCAGUGCAUGAGCGAGAAGCUGCCCAGGCCCGAGGGUAUCCCCUCUGAGGUCCGCAGGUGGUCCGACUUCAUUGGUGGCAAGCCUUUGUGA